AUGGCCGUCAUUUUUCCUCAACAGCCGCAACAAGAGUGGAGAGAAUCCCUGUGUGGUUGUUUUAGUGAUAUCGGUAUUUGUUGUUAUGGUUUAUUUUGUCCAUGCUGCUUAUACGGCGAUAAUGCAGAACAAAUUAAUGGUAGUAGUUGUUGUGGUCAAUGUUGCAUAUAUGGUUUGGUGACUUCGUGUGGUUUAUGUUGUCUGGUUCACAUGGGUAAUCGCCGUCAAUUACGACAGAAAUAUGGUAUUCAAGAAGCUUGCAGUGAUUGUUGUGUUACGAUGUGGUGUGCAGAGUGUGCAAUGUGUCAAGAAGCAAGAGAGCUGAAAACAAGAGGUCCAGCAGUACAACACACAGUAUUCGUUCAACCAAUGUCUGGUCCUGUUUUUAUGCCACCGCACCAAUACCAACAACAACACCCUGUUCCCGGUACGUACUCUGUGCCACACGAACCACACCAAUCUGUAAUACCGACAAUCGUUCCUCAACCAUUAACAGUACCACCACCACCAUAUAUGAAUGCUCAAAAGACGUAA